AACAACUUCACCCAAUUUGGAGUUGGAAUCGAUUACAGAAUUUUUUCCGCCUACACCCACGGUACGGACGAGACGAAUCCUAUUGCGUGGUUUAGGACUGACUUUGAUUCGACUGUCAACGCGGUGAGGGUCCAGGCUUACUUUACGGAAGGGAAUGAUACAAGCAUUAUGGAAGUACAGGAAUUUGAAAGCUACGGUGGUAAGCUGUAUCACUGGAAACCUUUUUUAAAAAAAAACAUAUCAAGUGUAACUUUUUUUCUGGCAUCCGUCCGUCAGAAAAGGACUUCACGGGACAAAGUCCACAGAGCCUGGGAUUAUUUUUUUUAUUAUUAAUAGCUGGUUCCCUGCACGCAGCGAAUCGCCCCCCCCCCCUUUCCUCUUGUUUUAAAUUCGGAGAUUACUUCCAUUAGAUAAGUUGCCAUCCAAGGUUAACGGGUCCCAUCCACGUUUAGUGAUGGUGUUGUUUUUGGCUUGACUGUGCUUAGGUGAAAAUUGAAUUCAAGACCGUGAACUUGAGAUUGGCUCAGGUCAAACCAUUCGGCCACACAGCAUCCAAGUGUGCUAUUAACUAAAAUGAAAUAAUUAAAAUUUCUCAUUCAUUUGAGAAGAACAAAUUUAAGCUGGAUUUAUUUUUAAAAAUUAAAAAAAUAAAUUGCUUAGCGAUUUUUGUUGAUUAGAAAGCUUUUUUUUUUAUCGCAUGAUCACUUUCAAAACGAAAUGUGUUAUUUAGACCAAUCAACAAAUUUUCAAAAAAACUUACAUGACACAUACUAUCUUGUAUAAUAAGGUCACGUGACAACUAAAAUGAACACAUUAGACGGUAAGGGGGUAAGCGAAUAACUGGGAGGAAAAAUACAACGCACACUGAGUCUGUAUCAUAACUGAUGCUGCCAUCCAUAGCAUGAGAGUAUCAUAACUGAUGCUGCCAUCCAUAGCAUAACUGUAUCAUAACUGAUGCUGCCUUCUAUAGCAUGACUGUAUCAUAACUGAUGCUGCCUUCUAUGGCAUGACUGUAUCAUAACUGAUGCUGCCUUCCAUAGCAUGACUGUAUCAUAACUGAUGCUGCCUUCUAUAGCAUGACUGUAUCAUAACUGAUGCUGCCUUCUAUAGCAUGACUGUAUCAUAACAGAUGCUGCCUUCUAUAGCAUGACUGUAUCAUAACUGAUGCAGCCUUCUAUGGCAUGACUGUAUCAUAACUGAUGCUGCCUUCCAUAGCAUGACUGUAUCAUAACUGAUGCUGCCUUCCAUAGCAUGACUGUAUCAUAACUGAUGCUGCCAUCCAUAGCAUGAGUGUAUCAUAACUGAUGCUGCCAUCCAUAGCAUAACUGUAUCAUAACUGAUGCCUUCUAUAGCAUGACUGUAUCAUAACUGAUGCUGCCAUCCAUAGCAUGAGAGUAGCAUAACUGAUGCUGCCUUCUAUGGCAUGAGUGUAUCAUAACUGAUGCUGCCUUCCAUAGCAUAACUGUAUCAUAACUGAUGCUGCCUUCUAUGGCAUGAGUGUAUCAUAACUGAUGCUGCCUUCCAUAGCAUAACUGUAUCAUAACUGAUGCCUUCUAUAGCAUGACUGUAUCAUAACUGAUGCUGCCAUCCAUAGCAUGAGAGUAGCAUAACUGAUGCUGCCUUCUAUGGCAUGACUGUAUCAUAACUGAUGCUGCCUUCCAUAGCAUGAGUGUAUCAUAACUGAUGCUGCCUUCUAUAGCAUGACUGUAUCAUAACUGAUGCUGCCUGCUAUGGCAUGACUGUAUCAUAACUGAUGCUGCCUUCUAUAGCAUGACUGUAUCAUAACUGAUGCUGCCUUCUAUAGCAUGACUGUAUCAUAACUGAUGCUGCCUUCUAUAGCAUGAGUGUAUCAUAACUGAUGCUGCCUUCUAUAGCAUGACUGUAUCAUAACUGAUGCUGCCUGCUAUGGCAUGACUGUAUCAUAACUGAUGCUGCCUUCUAUAGCAUGAGUGUAUCAUAACUGAUGCUGCCUUCUAUAGCAUGACUGUAUCAUAACUGAUGCUGCCUUCUAUAGCAUGACUGUAUCAUAACUGAUGAUGCCUUCUAUAGCAUGACUGUAUCAUAACUGAUGAUGCCUGCUAUGGCAUGACUGUAUCAUAACUGAUGCUGCCUUCUAUAGCAUGAGUGUAUCAUAACUGAUGCUGCCUUCUAUAGCAUGAGUGUAUCAUAACUGAUGCUGCCUUCUAUAGCAUGACUGUAUCAUAACUGAUGCUGCCUUCUAUAGCAUGACUGUAUCAUAACUGAUGCUGCCUUCUAUAGCAUGACUGUAUCAUAACUGAUGCUGCCUUCAAUAGCAUGACUGUUUCAUAACUGAUGCUGCCUUCCAUAGCAUGACUGUAUCAUAACUGAUGCUGCCUUCCAUAUCAUGACUGGAUCAUAACUGAUGCUGCCUUCUAUAGCAUGACUGUAUCAUAACUGAUGCUGCCUUCCAUAGCAUGACUGUAUCAUAACUGAUGCUGCCUUCUAUAGCAUGACUGUAUCAUAACUGAUGCUGCCUUCCAUAGCAUGACUGUUUCAUAACUGAUGCUGCCUUUCAUAGCAUGACUGUAUCAUAACUGAUGCUGCCUUCCAUAACAUGACUGGAUCAUAACUGAUGCUGCCUCCCAUAGCAUGACUGUUUCAUAACUGAUGCUGCCUUCCAUAGCAUGAGUGUAUCUUAACUGAUGCUGCCUUCCAGAGCAUGACUAUAUCAUAUAUAACCUGUAUUAUCUACUUCAGCCCAAUUCCUUCUUGGGUACCUCGAUAUUACCUUUCAAAGAGAGGUCCGCUGGGACCAGCACAUUCACAAUGUCUGCAAUCAAGCAAACAAGACCCUAGGUUUCUAAAGCAAAAUGUAAAGAUCGGGUAUUCCAAAGUGAAAGAAAGAGCAUUUGAAGCCGUUGUCCGGCAGCUUUUAGAUUAUGCAUCUUCAGUUUGGGACCCAUCCACCCAGCAGAGCAUCGCCAGUUUGGAGGCGGUCCAGUGACGGCCAGCGUGCUUUGUUCUGAACCGCUACGGGAAGCUUAGAGAAGAAGCUUUUAUUUCUUGCUCGUAUUUAAGCGGAUUGUUUCAUCCUUGAUUUAACGUUAACCCAAUCAGAUCUUUAGCACACGCAUUGCGUCAACGAGGGAGAGAGAGGAAGAGAGACAGAGAAAGUGAGAGAUGAAUAGAGAUGUAUGGAUAGAGAUAGAGGGAGGAUAUAAAGAGAAAGGGAUCGCGUUAGAAACAAAAAACAAGUGAAAGGAAGAAAGGGAGACAUAGAGAGAAAAAGAUCCUUAAAUUAAUAGAGAGAUAGUCAAAGAUAGACAGCGAUAUAUAAUAAUAGAGAGAUCUAGAGAGAAAGAGAGAAAUAUUAGGAGAGAGAUAUAUAGAGAGAUAAUUAGAUGUAGGAAGAGGCAGAUCAAAUAAAAUAUACAGAGAGAUAGAGACAAAUGAAAAGAAAUAUACUGAUAUAGGGGGCAAGAGAGGAAAUGUGAGAGAAAGGGAGAGAGAGAGAGAGAGAAAAAAAUGGGUAUAUAUAUAGAGAGAGAGAGAGAAAGAGAGAGAGAGAGAGAUUAUAGAUAGAUUGUAAUAGAGAGAGAAAGCGAGAUAUUGAUAGUAAUAGAAAGAUAUAGAGAGAUAGGGAGACAGCUGUGGUAAGAGUAGCGUUUAGCUUCUAGGGUGUACAUUGUGUGGUCAAAUAAGAUGGUAGUUGCUUGAGUAUAUUAUUAUGUGGUCAGAUAAGAUGUUAGUUGCUUGAGUAUAUCAUUGUGUGGUCAUAUAAGAUGUUAGUUGCUUGAGUAUAUCAUUGUGUGGUCAGAUAAGAUGUUAGUUGCUUGAGUAUAUCAUUGUGUGGUCAAAAAAGAUGCUAGUUGAUUAAGUAUAUUAUUGUGUCGUCAGAUAAGAUGUUAGUUGAUUGAGUAUAUUAUUGUGUGGUCAAAUAAGAUGCUAGUUGAUUGAGUAUAUUAUUGUGUGGUCAGCUAUAAUGUUGGUUGCUUGAGUAUAUCAUUGUGUGGUCAGAAUAGCUGAUAGGUGCUUGAGUAUAUUAUUAUGUGGUCAGCUAAGAUAUUAGUUGCUUAAGUAUAUCAUUGUGUGGUCAGAUAAGAUGUUAGUUGCUUGAGUAUAUCAUUGUCUGGUAAGGACAGCUGAUAGGUGCUUGAGUAUAUCAUUGUGUGGUCAGAUAAGAUGUUAGUUAAUUGAGUAUAUUAUUGUGUGGUCAAAUAAGAUGCUAGUUGCUUGAGUAUAUUAUUGUGUGGUCAGCUAAGAUGUUAGUUGCUUGAGUAUAUCAUUGUGUGAUCAGAAUAGCUGAUAGGUGCUUGAGUAUAUUAUUUGUGGUCAGCUAAGAUGUUAGUUGCUUGAGUAUAUCAUUGUGUGGUCAGAAUAGCUGAUAGGUGCUUGAGUACAUUAUUUUGUGGUCAGCUAAGAUGUUAGUUGCUUGAGUAUAUCAUUGAGUGGUCAGAACAGCUGAUAGGUGCUUGAGUACAUUAUUGUGUGGUCAGCUAAGAUGUUAGUUGAUUGAGUAUAUCAUUGAGUGGUCAGAAUAGCUGAUAGGUGCUUGAGUACAUUAUUGUGUUGCCAGCUAAGAUAUUAGUUGCUGGAGUAUAUCAUUGUGUGGUCAGAAUAGCUGAUAGGUGCUUGAGUACAUUAUUCUGUGGUUAGCUAAGAUGUUAGUUGCUGGAGUAUAUCAUUGUGUGGUCAGAAUAGCUGAUAGGUGCUUGAGUACAUUAUUGUGUGGUCAGCUAAGAUGUUAGUUGCUGGAGUAUAUCAUUGAGUGGUCAGAAUAGCUGAUAGGUGCUUGAGUACAUUAUUGUGUGGUCAGCUAAGAUGUUAGUUGCUGGAGUAUAUCAUUGAGUGGUCAGAAUAGCUGAUAGGUGCUUGAGUACAUUAUUGUGUUGUCAGCUAAGAUGUUAGUUGCUGGAGUAUAUCAUUGAGUGGUCAGAAUAGCUGAUAGGUGCUUGAGUACAUUAUUGUGUGGUCAGCUAAGAUGUUAGUUGCUGGAGUAUAUCAUUGAGUGGUCAGAAUAGCUGAUAGGUGCUUGAGUACAUUAUUGUGUUGUCAGCUAAGAUGUUAGUUGCUGGAGUAUAUCAUUGAGUGGUCAGAAUAGCUGAUAGGUGCUUGAGUACAUUAUUGUGUGGUCAGCUAAGAUGUUAGUUGCUGGAGUAUAUCAUUGAAUGGUCAGAAUAGCUGAUAGGUGCUUGAGUACAUUAUUGUGUGGUCAGCUAAGAUGUUAGUUGCUGGAGUAUAUCAUUGAGUGGUCAGAAUAGCUGAUAGGUGCUUGAGUACAUUAUUGUGUGGUCAGCUAAGAUGUUAGUUGCUGGAGUAUAUCAUUGAGUGGUCAGAAUAGCUGAUAGGUGCUUGAGUACAUUAUUGUGUUGUCAGCUAAGAUGUUAGUUGCUGGAGUAUAUCAUUGUGUGGUCAGAAUAGCUGAUAGGUGCUUGAGUACAUUAUUUUGUGGUCAGCUAAGAUGUUAGUUGCUGGAGUAUAUCAUUGUGUGUUCAGAAUAGCUGAUACGUGCUUGAGUAUAUUAUUUGUGUGGACAGCUAAGAUGUUAGUUGCUGGAGUAAAGCAUUGUGUGGUCAGAAUAGCUGAUAGGUGCUUGAGUAUAUUAUUUGUGUGGUCAGCUAAGAUGUUAGUUGCUGGAGUAUAUCAUUGGGGGGUCAGAAUAGCUGAUAGGUUCUUAAGUGUACCAUUGAUCUUGAAGUAGAGCUUCUGCCUUUUGUUUGAGUGGAGUUCCCGACUUUUAUGGAUCAACAUAAUGUCUUCAGCCGACAUGUCUUCAUUGUGUUACCUUCAUCGCCCAAGAUGGCGGAUAAUAUGGACGAUGCGCCCAUUCCAAGAUGGCGGAUGUGACUUUUUUUAGGGUUAGGGUUUGAAGCCUAUGAUGUCAAUGAAUUUAAUCCAAACGCUUUUAAACUACAAAAUUAAAAACAAAUAAAAUAUCAUUAUAAAAAGCAAAUACAAAUGUAUCCCAUCUUGAUAGCACAUUUUACAAAUUAUCCCAUCUUGAUAGCACAUUUUACAAAUUAUCCCAUCUUGAUAGCACAUUUUAAAAAUUUACCCCACCUUGAUAGCACAUUUUACAAAUUUAUUUCAUCUUGAAAUCUCAUUUUACAAUAAAUUUAUCCCAUCUUGAUAGCACAUGUUACAAAUUUAUCCCAUCUUGAUAGCACAUUUUACAAAUUUAUUUCAUCUUGAAAUCUCAUUUUACAAAUUUAUCCCAUCUUGAUAGCACAUUUUACAAAUUUAUUUCAUCUUGAAAUCUCAUUUUACAAAUUUAUCCCAUCUUUAUAGCACAUUUUAUAAAUUUAUCCCACCUUUAUAGGACUUUUUAUAAAUGUAUCCCAUCUUGAUAGCACAUUUUACAAUUUAUCACCCGUUGAUAAGAUAUUUUAGAAAUUUAACUCGCCUUGAUAGCAAAUUUAACACAUUAAUCAAGACUUAUUAGCAAAUGUUAGGCAAUUCUAGAGCCUUGAAAGCCCACUUCAAACAUGAACACGCCUUAGGCACAUGUUAUACAUUCAUCACGCUUUGAUGGCACAUUUUACAAAUGUAUCCCACCUUGAUAGCAUAUUUUACGCAUUAUCACGUGUUCAUAGCUCAUUUUAUACGUAUAAUAUGACUUGAUUCUACAAGACGAGAUGAAAAACUAUUACCAAUGCUGAAAAAAUUAUCACAGGUGCAUUCGAGGCUCCUGCAAAGAUUGACAGAGAGUGGUAAAUUGUGAUAGUGGGAUAAAAAAUAAAGAGUGAUAGAGAAAGAUUUUGAUAGAGAGAUACAGAGACAUACGUAUAGAUAGAAAAAUACAGCCAGGGAUAGCGACAGCAAUAUAUGAGGAAAAAAAAAGUUUAUAACUGCCUUCAUUUUCGAACAAAAGAAUCCUUAUGAACUUAUUGUGACAUUGGAAUCACUGCAUGCUCCACUUGGUCUAUUUGUCUCCGUGCCGACAGAGUGCCCGGCUGGAAGAUACAAUCUUCAGUGCUCCUCGACUUGUCCCGAAAACUGCGACCCGCAAGGAUGUCUCGAGAUAUACGGCCUCUGCUACCGUUGCAAAGAUGGAAGAGAAGUUUCUAACUGCCCAGGUAAGAUUCUAAUUGCAUUCUAAUUUCUUCCAGCUUAGCAGCAUUGUUUGUUGUUUUUUUUAUUUUAAAAAAAAAAUCUUUUUUUUACAAGGUAAAGAUCGUGUCCAAUGGGUGCAUCUCCAUUUUGCUUCCGUGAAGCAAAUUUUAUCGGCGUGGCUGUGUGACAGAGAUAACUUCAAAGUGAAUUGAGAAACGACGGAGAAGGAAAGAGAAAGAGAGGUGGACAGAGGGAGAAAGGAAUGUGGUGAGGCAGUGAUGGAGAACGAGAGAGGGAAAGAGAAAACUAGACGUUAAGUUAUUCUGAUAUUAUUGGUCUGUGAUGAUUCGCCAACACCGAUUCACCUCUGCCCCUCUGCCCCUCUGCCUCCGUUUUGCCACUUGGACUUUUCGCUGCAGCCGUUUGGCCACUGGGACGUUGGGCUGCCGGCCAUUUGGCCGUCGGUCCAUUUCACCAAAGAUGAUACAGAAAUUGCUUUAAUUUGAAAAUGAUAGAUCUUGUCUAGGGGUUAGUUAUAUUAACUUCACAAACAUUUGGUUAUUAGAAUACAGUAUCUGUAUUAAACGCAACGAAAUCGUCAUCUUCCAUUACUCGAUCACAGCCACUUGAGUCAUAAACGUAUACGUCAUUUCCCUAAACCACAAAAUAUGUCAAAGAUCAACAAGUAAUCACAAUAUCCAUAAGCAUCCUUAACAUUUCCCCCCCCCCCACAUCGUUAGGGAUAUUAAUUCGGAAAAGUGAUGUCACGCACAGAGCUAUUUUAAAACAAAAGUGUAAGCAUUUUUCACAACAACAUCCAGCAGGACAAACUUCAAUGCCUAACGUUAACUUCUUUAGAUUUAAGAGCGAGUGACCUUUUUAAUGUAACAAAAAAACCAAAAACAACUUAGAUCUCAUACUCAAAAUAGGAAAAAGUUAUUACGUUGACAAUAAACGUUAUGGUCAGGCACACAGAAAUUGACCACAAGACAAACUCUGCCUGUCAAUAGGGGGAAAGCAAAUGUCAACAUCUAUGAACUCAUGUGGACAUCCUUAAAUUGUCGAGUCCGGUAUUCAGAUUUAAAAAGGACGGGAUAUUGCGCCAGUCAGUCACUUGACAAAAGGCGUGCACGUUUUUCCCAGCAGCUCAACUCUUUCCUCUCAGUUCUCACUUGCCUCAUUACACUUUGGUCUUUUGACACAUUGUCAACCGGCAAAUGAAACCUGAUUUAUUUAAAUUUUUAAACAUAACGAUUUCAAAAUCAUAAAAACUGUAAUAACAAACAUAAUUAGAGCAAUCCGUUGUAAUGACAAGAAUUUCAACAACCUCACCUCCCAACUCAUGGAAAGCACACAUAUUCUAAAAUAAAAACACGAAAAACUGAGCUAUUAUGGCUCUAAAACUUUGAGCACUCCUGGCUCUCGUGAUAUAAUAGAGUAAAUAAGUAACAUACAUGAACAUUCAAACAAAGUUUCUCUCCUACCCCCAUCUCAGGGGAAAUAAACUCACACCCUUAACGUAAUAUUCAUAAUCAGGAUUAAACACGUUUAUGUCAGCACCACCACGGUUCUCAUUCAUUGAGCAACACGUGUCUCCCACACCACAAAAUUCACUCGAAAAGCCUUCUACCUUCGUAGAACCACGUAAGGUGAUCUUCUAUGACCUCAACUUUGUUGAACUUACAUCCGCUGAAAAAGCUCACGACCUCUAUUUCAUGAUCUCCGUUGCUUGUCAAAUUCUCAAUAUUAUUAACAUCUCUCUCUCUCACCAAAUUCAACAUCUCCUUAAAGGAUAAAAAUCAAGAAAUCCCUCUUGUACCAAACUAACAUCCCAUUGCUGUACAAAAUCAACAAUUCCCUCUUGUACCAAAUCAAAAUCUCCUUGCGGUACCAAAUCCACAUCUUCUUGCUAUACAAAAUCAACAUCUCCUUCUUGUACCUAAUAACAUCUUCUUUCUGAAAAGAACAACAAAUGCUUCUUGUGCCAAUCCAGCUCUAUCUGCAGUCUCUAUGUCACAGGAAACAUUCUCAAGACUACAUCGUGUUACGCCUACAUUCAUUAACACUGCGUCAAUUUUCUCACACGCAGCCCCAAAUUUUUCUACAUUCUGGCUAGCAAAAUUCCUAACUGACUUCUGAUUUUCAGCUGCAUUUCAAAUAUCACUGGCUUCCAGAAAGUUGACGGAAUGCUCAGAUAGGUUGGGAAUUAAAUUGCAUGGUUAUGAUACAAAGAUUCAUUUACUUUCUGUGACCAGCGUGUACAUCACGUGCCUAACUGUUCACCUUUUCCCGUGAGUCACUAAACUCUAGCAAGAGCAGUUUAUGCCUCAUACAUCUGGUACUCCAGCGCAUUGUCUUGAACAGCCAUCUCUGUAAGAAGGUAUUGGAUUGUUAUACACCAGUGAUCCAUGCAAUGCGCUACGCGCGAAAUACACACAGGCACAAAAACAGCGUGAGUUCGGUUAAGCCCAAUUUUGAAUAAUCGGCUUUCGGUAAAUUGAAAUUUUUCUGUUUAAGUUUUUGAAUUUUUAAACAAGAAAAUAAUCCUCUCUAAAAUUAUAGUAAAAUAUAUAUUUUGUAAAAAAAAAAAAUAAUAAUUGCUAUAUAUCUGAAGCGAAAAAAAAAAUGACGGCGAAAUGGAGGCGGCGAAACAAGGACAGCGAUGAAAUGACUGAGACGAAUGCUACAAUACCGUCUCUUGGCGUACACAAAUGGUUUCUUGGAGCUGCAAGAAUGUCUAAUGGUGCAAUUUUGGACGUGAUUGAUAUCUCUAGCUAAAGUGGAUCAUAUCCUAAAAACUAUCUUGGAAUUUUGUUUUUGCGGUUUUUUUUUAGCCCCGUCCACUAAUUUUCAUCGACAGAUCUUUCAACAUCCACAACAACCGUCACGACAACUCCAGCAAACACCACUGAGUCACCGGAGAACGUCACCAUCGCUCCGACAAACGAUGACAGCGGCAUGGGCGGCGACAUGGGUGGUGGCGCGGGUGGCGGCAUGGGUGGCGUGACGGGCACGUUGCGGACGCUGCCACCGAUGUCCACGGUCGUGGCCCGCCCGCCGAAGUCGGAGAACCUGUGGGAGUACAUCGUGUACGGGCUCGUGUCUGCCGCCACGGUGCUGGCGGUCGUCCCUCUUCUCUGCCUGUGUCACGCCAGGUGUGCGAAACCAGUAGGGGAGGCCGAGGCGCAGGGGGAGAUGGGCAACGCCCCAGCCGAUGGCUACAGUGGUAAGCAGUUGGAUGAGAUGUAG